CUUGACUACUGACAACAGCUGUCGACAACCACCACCAUCAGCAGAGUCGACCAUCAUGUUGUACGAAUUAAUAGCAGUUGUCCGACCGGGCAAUGCGAAGAACGCCAAAGAAAUCUGUCGAGUCGCCGCAAACAACAUCUUACAACAUAAAGGCGUGAUCCGAGGCAUCACCAACUGGGGCGAGUUCCAGCUUCCACGACCGACGGUCAAACAUCAAACCCUCCACCACAAAGGCCAUUAUUUCAUCAUGCAAUUCGACAGUUCCAUCCGAGCACAGGAAGAGGUGCGACGAACAAUGGGUCUGGAUCCCAGAAUGAUUCGGUUCUCGGUUGUCAAGAUCGGUGAUAAAUUGGCUGGUAAGGAUGGGUACGGCGCAAUUGAAAAUAUUACCGGUGAAAUUCCUUGGAAUCGACAUGGCAAUAAACCUCCUCCGGAUGAUGGGACGGCAGAUCUUCUUGCACAGCAGUUACGAUGAUCGAUGACCGUCGAUCCCAUUGGGGGUUCCCUGGGGGGAUUUAAUUACUUCAGGCGCACCACGUCAAGAGCAUGGAUUUGAUGCGAGGGGAGCAUAUUCAUAAUCAUUCCCGACAAAGACGACCACAUUAGACUCGACUCCUCCAAGUCCACAAACCCACCGCCCCAAAAACGCCCGCUACGGAGUGGUAUAUGACAUGGCACGCUCUCAACAACGUUGUUCAAAAUAAACUCCAUCUGCCCUUGGAACCGUCUUUGGCAGCAGACGCACCGCCAGCUCCAUGACUAGCUCCCAUUUUCGACCGACCCUCAAGUUGCCUCAGACUCUCAAUCUUCUCCAACACCAGCUCGAGCAUCUCUUUCCGUCGAAUCACGUCCAGGUGUCGUCGCACUCGAGGAUCUUCGCGUGCAAAUCGUUCGAUCUCGGCGGCUUCCAAAUGGCGGCCUAGCCGGAUGUCGAGUUCUCGUGGGAAGUUGUAGUAAAACUCGGAGAGAAGUUCCACGUUGAGGAACAACACUGCGGUCGAGGUCAAUUUGUCUGCGACGACGUCAAGGAAUACCUCUGGACAGUAGUAUUUGUUCUUGACGUUGGCGCAUUGCUUCGACUUGACGGCGAGCAGACGCAUUUUGAUCAGCUCGGAGCGGUCUCGGAGAAAGACUGCUUCUCGUCCUGUACAAUACCAGUUAGCCUAGGUCAAUCAAAUGUAUAUCAUCUCAAUUGACCUUUCUGUAACAGUGCAGCUGAAAAUCCACCUGCACCGCCCGUUCCAUCACCUUCCAGCACGACGUCACCUUUCCUGACGCGAUCGAUGAAGCCCAUAACAUCCUUCAACUUUCGAUAUCCGAUCCCGUCCUCGAGCCUUUUGUGAGCGGCAUCGCAAGCCUUCAAUUCGCUUUUGAGGACUUGUCCGAUAUUCUGCCGACCCUUGGACCACUCGUUGUUGUCCACUUCGAUCUCAAACUUGAACGGUUUGAUACAGUUCUCCACCUGAUCGCUAGUCGAGUA